AUGUCAUUUACAAUUUCAGAUAGAGAUUUAGAUUUUAAUAAAUGGAAGGUGGCAGAUUUAAGAAAAGAAUUAAAAACGAGAGGACUUAAUGUAGAUGGUAAAAAAAGUGAAUUAGUUGAAAGGUUGCAACAAGCAAUUGGAGAAUCUUCUCUCUUGGAUGAAAAUGUUAAUGAUCAAGAUGAAAUAUUAGACGAAGAUGUUGUUUUAACGGAUGAUGAAGCCUUCGAAGAAGAAGCCGAAUUAUCUAAACUUGACUCACCUGAUAAAAAUUCAGACAGUGAAAAAUUAAAAAGACUCGAAAGACGAGCGGCAAAAUUUGGAGUGGCCAUGUCGAAUGAAGCUAAAAAAGAAGCGAGAGCUGCCAGAUUUGGUUUACCAACAGCAGCAAGUAAAAUCGGUGGUCUUGUCAACACAAACAUUGAUGUAUUAAAAAAAAGAGCAGAAAGAUUUGGUACAACACUGCCAGGAAGUAUUUUAGAAUCUGCUGAAAUCGAAGGGAAAAGAAAAAAAAGAGAAGAAAGAUUUGGUAAAGUUGAAAAAAUUUCCCCAGUGACAUCUCUCAAAGGAAAAUAUAAUUUUUAUUCAUCGACCCUUGAAGAAAAAAAAAGACUCAGGGCAGAAAGAUUUAAAAUCAAAUAG